AGAACCCUGAACCGGCCGCCUCCAUGCAAAAGGCGGGGCUGCUGUUGGGUCUCUGUGCGCGGACGUGGAAGUCGGUGCGGAUGGCCAGCUCCGCGGUGGCGCGCCGGAACCCGCUUGAGAAUAAGGUGGCCCUAGUAACGGCCUCCACUGACGGGAUCGGUUUCGCCAUCGCCCGGCGUCUGGCCCAGGAUGGGGCCCACGUGGUGGUCAGCAGCCGGAAGCAGCAGAACGUGGAUCGGGCAGUGGCAACGCUGCACGGGGAGGGGCUGAGUGUGACGGGCACCGUGUGCCAUGUGGGGAAGGGCGAGGACCGAGAGCGGCUGGUAGCCACGGCUGUGAACCUUCACGGGGGCGUGGACAUCCUGGUCUCCAAUGCUGCCGUCAUCCCUUUCUUUGGAAACUUAAUGGAUGUCACCGAGGGGGUAUGGGACAAGAUUCUGGACAUUAAUGUGAAGGCCACAGCCCUGAUGACAAAGGCAGUGGUGCCAGAGAUGGAGAAACGAGGAGGCGGCUCAGUGGUGAUUGUGGCCUCCGUAGGAGCCUACAGACCAUUUCCUGGCCUGGGUCCUUACAAUGUUUGUAAAACAGCCUUGCUGGGCCUCACCAAGAACCUGGCCUUAGAGCUGGCCCAAAGGAACAUUAGGGUGAACUGCCUGGCACCUGGACUCAUCAAGACUAACUUCAGCCGUAUGCCACGUGUCCAGACCAGACCCCCACAUGAUCCUUUCCUGAGGUGCACAGUGAGACUGAGGAAUUCAGAUACCACUCAGGCCAUUUCAUAUCUCCUUAAGUGGUUGUGGGAUGACCAAGCAAGACUGGAGAGCCUAAAAGCAACCAUGCAGAUCAAAAGGAUAGGCAAGCCAGAGGACUGUGCGGGCAUCGUAUCUUUCCUUUGCUCCGAAGAUGCCAGCUAUAUCACUGGGGAGACAGUGGUGGUGGCUGGAGGGAUGCCAUCCCGCCUCUGAGGACCUGGAGAACAUCCACGAGGGCAGAGAUUGGGCUCCAUCUCCUGGGUCCUGUUCCAACAUCCAUCUACUGGCCUUUCGCACCUCUGCCUAGCGUACUGCUCACCUUACACCCUAACCCCACCCCCCCAUAUCAAUUCUGCCCUGUGAAAAGCUCCAGCAUUCUCUGCUGUCAAGGUGUGGUCUUAUGAGGAUUCUCACUGUUGCUGUGGCCUUGGAUAAAGACUUCCCUUGAGAGCACAGGGCAGGCCUGCUGAGAGGGCUUAGUCUACCGCGGCAAAGACCAACUAAUAUUUUUUUUCUGGGCAUCAGGGGAAUUUGAGGGAGAUGGGAGAGAAGGAACCUGGAGUGGAAGGAACAGGGUUGGAAAUUAACAACUGGCAAAUGAGGUCCAAAUAAAAUACAGAUGAUCAUGA